GGUGGCGUGGUGGGGGGGCGCAUGGGUGCGAGCGGAGCCUACGCUGGUGGCGUAGGGUUGUGGCUGGCUGGCCGCUGCCCGCGGAGUGGUGAGGGGAGGCGUGAGGAGAGCUGGGCCGGGGGCGCCGCCAUGGGAAGGCGGCCGCGGGGCAGCGGCAGCGCGGCCCGCCGCUGAGGGGCCCGCCGAGCUGGGAGACUGAGGAGCCACGCUGGGAGGGCCCUCUCUGCAGGAUGUUCUCGCCACCAAAGAACUCCCUGUAACAGGCAAUGAUGACAAUCCUGGCGGGACCUUGGAAAGCACUAACAUUUCAGUAGCCCAGCACCUGUGGGUGGCCGCUUAUCCCUCCUUCACGCCCUGCCCUCCCACUGAUCACCGUGAUGGUGUAUUAACCAAGAAGAGCCCUGUUUCUUUUCUCCUUACUCCUCAACUUUCGGCAGCUCUGGGAUUUGUAUGGCAGCAGCGUAACCGUGGAGAGGCCAGGGUAUCACAAACUUAUGGAUUUUGAUAAGAGAGGAGGGAAAGGGGAGCUGGAGGAAGGUAAAAGGAUGUCUAAGACAGGUGGAGGAAGGAGCAGUCAUGGAAGCCGAAGUGCUGGAACCAACUCAGGAGUCUUAAUGGUGGGUCCCAACUUCCGGGUUGGCAAGAAGAUUGGAUGCGGCAAUUUCGGGGAGCUCCGUCUAGGAAAGAACCUCUACACGAAUGAAUACGUAGCUAUCAAAUUGGAACCCAUAAAAUCCCGGGCCCCCCAGCUGCACCUGGAGUAUCGGUUCUACAAACAGCUUGGCAAUGCAGAAGGAAUUCCUCAGGUUUACUACUUUGGCCCCUGUGGGAAGUACAACGCCAUGGUGUUGGAGCUGCUAGGACCUAGCCUAGAAGAUCUCUUUGAUCUGUGUGAUCGGACCUUCACGCUCAAGACUGUCCUGAUGAUCGCAAUCCAGCUGAUCACACGGAUGGAGUACGUCCACACCAAAAGCCUGAUCUACAGAGAUGUCAAGCCAGAGAACUUCCUGGUGGGGCGGCCGGGCAGCAAGCGGCAGCACACCAUCCACAUCAUUGAUUUUGGCCUGGCCAAAGAGUAUAUUGACCCCGAGACCAAAAAACACAUCCCCUACCGAGAGCACAAGAGCCUGACAGGGACAGCACGCUACAUGAGCAUCAACACCCACCUUGGGAAAGAACAAAGCCGCAGGGAUGACCUGGAAGCAUUAGGGCACAUGUUUAUGUACUUCCUCCGCGGAAGCCUCCCUUGGCAAGGCCUCAAGGCUGACACGCUAAAGGAGAGGUAUCAGAAGAUCGGUGACACCAAAAGAGCCACACCAGUGGAGGUGCUCUGUGAGAACUUCCCAGAGGAGAUGGCCACAUACUUGCGCUAUGUGCGGCGGCUGGAUUUUUUUGAGAAGCCUGAUUACGACUACCUGCGGAAGCUCUUCACAGACUUGUUUGAGAGAAAUGGUUACGUGUUCGACUACGAAUACGACUGGGCAGGGAAACCAUUGCCCACCCCCAUCGGCACAAUGCACAACGAGGUGCAGGUGCAGCCCCCGAACAGAGACAAAGCACAGCCACACACCAAACACCAGCUGCCCGAGGGGACGGAGUUGUGGGAUCCUCAGGCCAGUGGGCAGCCUGCCGAGGAGCCUUUGGGAGCUCACCUGGCAGCCAGCAGGCUCGGGGGGUCCAUCCAGGUGAUGAGCUCCACCAAUGGCGAGCUGAACACGGAUGACCCGACGGCAGGACAUUCGAACGCCCCCAUCACAGCCCCCACCGAGGUGGAGGUGACAGACGAUACUAAGUGCUGCUGUUUCUUCAAGAGAAGGAAGAGGAAAACCACCAAGCGUCGCAAAUGAGCUGCCAGGGCCAGGUGGAGCGGCGUGUGCGAUGGCUCCUCUCCCUCUGGCCAUGGCUGGAUCUUGACCUGCAGAGCUGGCGGUGGCCCCUUGAUUUGGAGGGGGUCGGGGGGUGGGGGGGGAUGGGCUGAGCCAGAUGGCCUCCCCCAGCGACCCACAUGCAGGCGGGGAGCGGGGCCUCCCCAAACUGCUUGUCCUUUCCUCUGCCACUCGCCCAGUGCGUGGCUGUUUACUCGAACCAAGCCCAACUUCGCUGAAGUUCCUGCAUC